AUGGCUGGUAUGACGCGUAUCUUGGCCAUUGUGGCCUGUGCCGUCGUCGGUCUAUUCCUCUUUAUGGGACAGACGGUCGAAGCCAAAGGACCCAAGAUUACUAGCAAGGUCUACUUCGACAUUGAGCAUGAUGGCAAGCCUCUUGGACGAAUUGUUAUGGGAUUGUACGGGAAGACGGUUCCAGAGACCGCUGAGAACUUUCGGUAUGUGCUUGCUUUAGCAACUGGCGAGAAGGGAUUUGGCUAUGAAGGGUCCACCUUCCACCGUGUUAUCAAGGACUUCAUGAUUCAAGGUGGCGACUUCACUAGGGGCGACGGCACCGGUGGAAAGUCCAUCUAUGGUGACAAAUUUAAGGAUGAGAACUUCAAACUACGCCACACCAAGACCGGCCUUCUCAGCAUGGCCAACGCUGGAAAGAACACCAACGGAUCUCAAUUCUUCAUCACUACCGCUAUCACUAGCUGGUUAGACGGUAUGCAUGUUGUCUUCGGCGAGGUACUUGAAGGGUACGAUAUCGUCGACAAGAUCCAGAACGUCCCCAAGGAUGCACAAGACCGCCCCAUCAAGGAGGUGAAGAUCUCCAAGAGCGGAGAAUUAGAGAUGAAGGAGGAGGAGGCAGAAGGUGAAGGUACAGAACCACCAUCCUCUCCCGACACUGGAAAAGAAGAGGCCCCAGCCCGUGAUGAAAUCUAA